UACGCGAGUGUUGUACACGUUGUGGACUCUUUCCACAACUCCUUCAUUGAUGUUCUCAUUGCUGUUUACAACACUCGCGUCUCUCCAGCUGGCACGGUAGGUGACGCUGUCGUCGUCACAGAAAACUCGUGUCUCUUCUGUCUUCGUGUGUUGAAAAGCCCUUCCCUUCUGUCGUCAAAAUGAGACCCUUUAAAAGCGUUUGCUUAACGUCAACGCGAUGAAUCAUCGAAUGCGCCGGUAAAAUUCCUAUAAUUUUGUUUAUUUCUCGCGUCUUCAACAUUGUCGGUAUACGUUGAUUGCGAAAAAAAACAUUUCCCACGUUGUGACAAAAACAGAGGUUAGAUCUGUAUCUGGUGAAACGAUAAAGUUUCUCUUGUGUUCUUUCUUGUGUUUGCUUCUGUAUCACAUUUUUCAUCUAUAAAACGCGAACGCGUUCUCGAACACGUUGCUCGUUGUAAGCGCGAAGAAACGUUGACGCACUGACGAGGAACGGAAUCCGUGCGAUGUGAUUGCCGCCGAUCGCUUCAGUCGGAUUCGCAAUCAGAGCAAUCCGGACAUCACAAUCCGGGGGGGGGACAAUGGCGAAAUUUCGGAUGCUGCCGCGCACGUCGCGCAUCGUAGCGCUCUGUUCCGCCGCGAACUUCAUCAACGCCGCGGACAGAGUGAUCAUGCCAAUCGCCAUCGUCCUCAUGACCGACGAGUUCAAGUGGAAUCUUCACUGGCAAGGAUGGAUCUUGUCCGCUUUCGCUUUCGGAUACUUCACAAGCCAGAUCAUUGGUGGAAGUACAGCAAGUAGAUUUGGCUGCAAAACAGUGCUCAUGUUCGCCGUUAUGUUGUGGUCCAUCAGUACAGUCAUGACACCACUGAUAGCGCAGUCAGUACCGUUACUCAUAGUCUGCAGAGUAGUUCUAGGACUGGGAGAAGGAUUAGGCCUACCAGUGAUAUUUCAUUUAUUUGCGCAUAAUGUUCCUGUGGAGGAAAGAUCACGAGCUUUUGGUUAUCUUGUGGCCGCCGGUUCCGUGGGCCAGGUGGUCGCGUCUAUCAUAUGUCCGCACUUGGCUUGGCAAACUGGAUUCUACUUGUUUGGAACAAUAGGUAUUUUGUGGACCGUUCUGUGGAUGAUGUUGUAUCACGAGACCAACUCUCAAGAUGAAAUACCGUUAUUUGUUCCCAAGGUAGCUCAAAAUAGAAGCUUACGUUGGACAGAAUUCAUUACUCAUUGGCCCUUGUGGGCUCUGUACAUAGCGCACUUCGCGAUGAACUGGAGCAACUAUAUAAUAAUGCAGUGGUUACCGACUUACUUGGCGAGAAAUUUGUCCGCAAACAAGGAGAGUAUUAGCCUAACGGCACUACCUUACAUAGUUAAUUCUCUCGUCGGUAUUGUUGCCGGUCACUGUGCCGACACCCUGAUACAAAAGAGAUGGUCCGUUUUGUCCGUAAGAAGAUUAAUGACCAAUAUAGGCCUAGUGGGACCGGGCGCGUUCUUGUUAGCUUUCUGCGCUGUAGACAAUUUACUCGCAGCGGUCAUCUUCGUUUCGAUAUCCAUGGGCCUCUGCGCGUGCAACUCCGCUGGACAUCUUAGCAAUCAUGUCGAUAUUGCUCCGAAUCACGCAGGAAUCACAUUCGCAGUCUCGAAUACAAUUGCGACGGUACCUGGAAUUCUGUGCGGGCCGUUGACGGCCGAAUUGGUGACCGCUUCUCACGGUUGGUGGAUACCGGUUUUCGUGCUUGCGGCGGCGAUCAACUUCACGGGGGCUAUAAUUUAUCAGAGCCACAGUUCGGCGCUUCCGGUGUUGUGAUAUGUUAUAUCGUUCGUUAAUCGACGAUCGCGCGCGACGAUCGAUGAGGAAAUGCGAUCGGUCAAGUGUUCGCCGAUAAAAAUUUCUCAAGAGUGCGCGUUCGCAUUGAGAUCUACGUGAAACGUUUUCUCGCUUUCAUCGGCCAGUCGACAACAUAUCAAGAUGCUUUAUUUAUAUAUAUAUAUAUAUUUUAAAUUGAAUUCUUAACACACAUGUAUGUCAAGUAGCAAAGUGAAUUUUGUGUGUGAUAGUGCCAUAGUUUGACGAGCACGUAUGUAGAACUGUGGACGUGUACAUAUGCGGAACAUCAUGCACUUGGUCUACACGGAAAUGUGUGUAUGUGUGUUCGUGUAGACAGAAUCUUAGUAUAUAUAUAUAGUAUAC